AUGGUAGCAGAUACGAUCCACGUCCACACCCAUCUCGCAGGUCACCCGACCUAUCACGUCCUAGGACAUGACUUAGUCCUUGACGUCCCUAUUCCAGCAUUGAUCCUCUCUGCAGUCGGAGCAGCCUUCCUCUUACGAUACACCUUAUCAUUCUUCAGACUGAUCCUUGAACUGACAAUUCUUCCAGGUAAAAAUGUUAAGCGAUACCAGGCAAGAGAUGGGAAGACUUGGGCAUUGGUGACUGGAUGUACAGGUGGAAUAGGUCUGGAAUUCGCCAGACAAUUAGCCAAGAACAAAUUCAACGUCGUGUUGGUAGGAAGGAGAAAAACAGCAUUGGAUGAAGUCGCUGCAGAACUUGAGAGCAAAUACGGAGUAGAAACCAAAUCAUUCGUAGUGGAUGUCGCUACUCCCGGAUCAGCAAGAGAUGAAGCUUUGACUCAAAUUGAGUUAUUCUCAAAAUCGAAUGAUGUCGGUGUACUAAUCAAUAACGUCGGUGCUUCUCAUCUUAUGCCUGUACCUUUCGCCGAGACCGACCGAACAGAGAUGACUCAAAUUAUCGAAACUAAUAUCAACUGGACAAUCUUCCUUACUCGAGCUGUCAUCCCUUCUAUGAUCGCCCGAUCGUCCCCCCGUGGGUCACCCAGAUCGUUAAUCAUGACUAUCGGUUCAUUGUCAGGUAGAAUCCCUUCACCUCUUUUGGCUACUUAUUCAGGAACCAAAGCUGCUUUGUCAACUUGGACGAAAGCUUUGGCUAAGGAGGUGGAGCAGAAGGGUGUGGAGGUGGAAUUGGUCCAAGCUGCGUUCGUUGUCUCAAACAUGUCCAAGAUCCGACGAUCAUCCGCACUCGUUCCAACUCCUCGAAACUUUGUUCAAUCCGUCUUAUCCUCAUUUGGUCAACCACGAGGAGCCCAAGGUAGACCAUACGAAAGAACACCCUUCUGGACACAUGCAUUCUUGGAUUACGCCGUUGGAUUCGCGGGUUAUUUGAGCGAAGUGUCGGGUAUCAAGGUGAUUGAUAAGAUGCAUAAGGAUAUCAGGAAGAGGGCGAUUAGGAAGUAUCAGAGGGAGAAGGAGAGAGAGGGGAAGAGCGAGUGA